UUAGGAUAGAAUAGAAACAAAUUAAGGUAAAGAAAAGCAAAUUACUGAAAUGACUGGUUGCAAGGAGGGAAUGUGUUCCGAUGGCGUUUUUGCAAUCAGAUGCAUUUCGUUCUCCGCGGAAACAUGAUCUCCUAUGAGGCGCGAUAUUUCAAACUGAAUCGAAUCUUACUGCUCUUAGUUGGCUUGUGGCCGUACCAGCAACCGAAAUAUGCUCGACUUCAAGUAUUUAUACUGUUUGGUAUCUUUACGUACGGCAUUCUAUAUCAACUUCGAAUUCUUGUGACUGAAAAGUUGACAUUUAAUUUUAUGGUUAACGUUUUCUCUCUUACAUUAUGUCAUAUUAUAGGAGGAAUCCAAUAUAUGUCGUUUUGGAUCAACAUGAACACUGUGAAAUGGUUAUUGGACUAUCUGAUGUAUAUGUGUAACGAGCUAAAAGAUGACAAUGAGAUCGCUAUCAUAGAAAGUUAUGGACGUAUUAUACAACGUUAUACAGUUGUUCUUACAUCGCUUAUAAUGUUCUUGAUAUUUAUUAUUAUCACCGAGUCAAUUUUGGGCCAGAAUGUUGAAGGUUCUUUGCUUGUGAACGAGUCUCAAUCACAUCGUGCCCUGAUGUGGAUAACCGAUUUUGCCAAUCGAAAAAAAGAUAUAUGUUUAAUUUUGCUGCACACGAAUGUACUCAUUUGUAUAGAGCUGAUCGUAACGGUAGCAACCGGUAGUAUGCUCAUAGGAUAUCUCCAAUAUAGCUGCGGAAUGUUUAGUAUCGCUUGUUAUCGUAUCCAGCAAGCGAUAAAUAUUGAUCAGGAAAAUCAAACCAAUAUCAAUCCGAAAAAAGAAAUCAUAGUUUCUAAAGGGAUUAUUUAUGCCGUGGACAUUCAUCGCAAAGCUAUGGAGUAUUGCAAGUUUCUAAUAACCAAAUUUGAGGGAACGUUCUUCCUCAUGAUAGUAUUGGGCGUAACUUCGUUGAGCCUCAAUAUUUAUCGCCUUUUGCAGAUUAUAUCGUUUAGAGAAGAUAUUAGGGAAUUAUUAAUACAUAUAACAUAUGUAAAAACCAGUAUUUUGUAUAUGUUUUUAUCAAAUUAUAUCGGACAACAAGUCACGGAUCACUACAACAAUAUAUUUUUCAACGCGUACAAUGUUCGAUGGUAUAUGACGCCCUUAUCUAUACAGAGACUGAUAGUGCUGCUAUUACAAAGGGGUAACAAAAAUUUCACCUUGAAUAUCGGUAGAUUGUUUUCAGCAUCUUUAGAAUGUUUUGCUAGGUUGUCGAGUGCGUCGAUGUCUUACUUUACUGUUAUGUAUUCUAUGCAGCAACGGGAUUAAGAUUUAAAUAAUAGCAGAAAAUAGAAAAGAGAAGUAAGAUCAAAGUAAAAGAUUAAAGUUUAAAAAGUAAAGACUAAAGUAGUUACUGGCGUAAGUAGUUAGUAUCACUGACCUUUGACAUAAUUGGUCCUUAACAUCGUAGAAGCAAGGAGACUCGUUAGAUUAGAUUCAUUAGAAAGCUUUUUAUUACAAAUAACACAGCUUACGGCAUACGAUAUAAUAAUAUAUAUAGCUGACACGUCGGUAUGUGUGGUUGUCGCUCCCAGAGACCAAACAUAUCGUACGAGUGCGCGAACCAAAAUGAAACGGAGGUACCGAGUGCUGAGAGUGGGGGAGAGCAACUAAACUUGCGCGUAUCUCGACCAACAAGUUAUCAUACAUGUG